AUGACGGCCCGCCUGAUGCUGGCCGUGGGAGGAGCAGUGCUGGGCUCCCUCCAGUUCGGCUACAACACCGGCGUCAUCAACGCCCCGCAGAAGGUGAUCGAGGAUUUCUACAACCGCACGUGGCUGUACCGAUACGAGGAGCCCAUCAGCCCCGGCACCCUCACCACGCUCUGGUCCCUCUCCGUCGCCAUCUUCUCCGUCGGGGGCAUGAUCGGCUCCUUCUCCGUGGGGCUCUUCGUCAAUCGCUUUGGGAGACGCAACUCCAUGCUGAUGUCCAACAUCCUGGCCUUCGUGUCGGCCGUGCUCAUGGGCUUCUCCAAGAUGGCUUGGUCCUUCGAGAUGCUCAUCCUCGGCCGCUUCAUCAUCGGCCUCUACUCCGGCCUCACCACCGGUUUUGUGCCCAUGUACGUGGGUGAGGUGUCCCCCACCGCGCUCCGGGGGGCCCUGGGGACCUUCCACCAGCUGGGCAUUGUCCUGGGCAUCCUCAUUGCUCAGGUGUUCGGUUUGGACCUGAUCAUGGGAAAUGACUCGCUGUGGCCGCUGCUGCUGGGCUUCAUCUUCGUGCCUGCCCUGCUGCAGUGCAUCAUCCUGCCCUUCGCCCCCGAGAGCCCCCGGUUCCUCCUCAUCAACCGCAACGAGGAGAACAAGGCCAAGAGUGUCCUCAAGAAGCUGCGGGGCACGACGGACGUGAGCAGUGACCUGCAGGAGAUGAAGGAGGAGAGCCGGCAGAUGAUGAGGGAGAAGAAGGUGACCAUCAUGGAGCUGUUCCGCUCGCCCAUGUACCGCCAGCCCAUCCUCAUUGCCAUCGUCCUGCAGCUCUCCCAGCAGCUCUCGGGCAUCAAUGCGGUUUUCUACUACUCCACCAGCAUCUUCGAGAAGUCGGGGGUGGAGCAGCCCGUCUACGCCACCAUCGGCUCCGGCGUGGUGAACACGGCCUUCACGGUGGUCUCGCUGUUCGUGGUGGAGCGGGCCGGGCGCAGGACCCUGCACCUCAUCGGCCUGGCGGGGAUGGCGGGGUGUGCCGUGCUCAUGACCAUCGCCCUCACGCUGCUGGACCAAAUGCCCUGGAUGUCCUACCUCAGCAUCGUGGCCAUCUUCGGGUUCGUGGCCUUCUUUGAGAUCGGUCCUGGCCCCAUCCCGUGGUUCAUCGUGGCCGAGCUGUUCAGCCAAGGCCCCCGUCCCGCGGCCUUCGCGGUGGCUGGGCUCUCCAACUGGACCUCCAACUUCAUCGUGGGGAUGGGCUUCCAGUACAUCGCGCAACUCUGCGGCUCCUACGUCUUCAUCAUCUUCACGGUGCUGCUCGUGCUCUUCUUCAUCUUCACCUACUUCAAGGUGCCGGAGACGAAGGGCCGGACCUUCGACGAGAUCGCCUCGGGCUUCCGGCAGGGCGGGGGCGGCCAGAGCGACAAGACCCCGGACGAGUUCCACAGCCUGGGCGCCGACUCGCAGUGAAGCACCAGCGGCGACAACAUCCCACCAUCCCCCCUCCAUCACCACCCCCAUCCCGGGACUCACCAAAUUCCAGCACCGCAUGGAUUCAGCCGUUUCCUGCUCUGUGUAUAGACUGGAAGAUAUUUAUAUUAUAUAUAUUUUUGUUCAAUGGUUGUUAAUAGUAGAAUUUUAAGUUAUAGCGUUUCUGAUUUGACAAGCCAAGUACUGUAAAUAUUCUCAUAUAUUCACACUGUAUAAUGUAUACAAAAGGUACAGAAAAAGGUUAUAGUUUCUAUAGCGACUAAGAGGAAAAAAAAAAAAAGCUUGUACAUGGUUAGGAUGACUUUUUUUUGUAUAGUUCUGCACUGUAGUUGUACCUAUUGCACUGAAUUUCAGGCUGUAGUAUAUUAAACAAAAAAACCAAACAAAAACGAAAACACACGUGAGAAAUACUGUCCUUUUCAAACAAAAUUGAGAAUACACACAGAAAAAGAAAAAGAGCAUUUCCCUGAGUGCAGCUGGUGUGGGAGAGCUCCUGGCACAUUCCCAAAGCCACAGAGAAGGUUUUUUUGGUUUUUUUUCUUUUUUUAAUAGUAUUUUAUUUUUCCUUUUUUUUUUUAUUUAUUUGCCUGCUUUGGAAGUGAUGACACUUGACCACAUCUGGAGGAAAAUAAAGGUUGGGGUUUGGGGGGGUGGGGGGGAGAAAUAAAAGUCUCUAGAAAACCCCACCCCUUGCUCAGCUGGUCCCCACGGGCCCUCCAUGUAGGAGUGUGGGUUUUUUUUAAACAAAUCCCUACAGUGAAGUGCCAAGAGGAAGGUGUGUGGUGUGAACAAUAAAGGAGAAUGUUUGCAGCGACCCA